AUGGUUGUUGCUGCUAAUCUUGGUUACCCACGUAUGGGAGAACAUCGUGAAUUGAAAAAGUUAGUAGAGUCCUACUGGGAAGGUAAACUCCAAGACACUGAAUUGGUAAAGGAAGCUGCUCAGCUUCGUGUACACCACUGGAAGGUCCAGGCAGAUAGCGGUAUCCAAUCGAUUCCAUCGAACGACUUUUCUUUCUACGACCAAAUCCUCGACCACAUCUUGUUGUUCGGUGUCAUCCCCCCACGUUACCAAGAGGUCGUUGUCUCUGAGAAAGAAUAUGCCACUCAAGUCCAAGGAUUGCGUACCUAUUUCGCCAUGGGUCGUGGUUUCCAAACAUCGACCGCUGCCACUGCCGCCUCAGAGUCCACCACAGACACUGCCUUUGGAUCUGCACAAGCCAUCACACAAAAGAUCGACGUCAGCUCGCUCGAGAUGAAGAAAUGGUUCGAUACCAACUACCAUUACAUGGUGCCAGAGUUUGCCGACAGCCAAACAUUCCAGUUGUCCGCCAAUCCAAAGCCAGUCGUCGAGUAUCUUGAAGCCAAAGCUGCCGGAUUCGAAACCAGACCAGUCUUGGUUGGUCCAUUGACAUUCUUGUUGCUCGGAAAGUCAGGUAACCAAGCCAAGCCAUAUACCAACCGUGUCGAUUCAUUGGUUCACCUCGAAGGAUUGCUCCCACACUACAUUGAGUUGGUCAACCAAUUGGGAAAGGCCGGUGUCACUUCAAUCCAAUUCGAUGAGCCAAUCCUAUGUUACGAUCUCAUCAAGGAGAAUGAAGAGAUCAGAGUACGUCUCCAAGAGGCAUUAAAGAAGAUCUACGAAUCCAUCCACACUGCCCAGCCAUCCAUUGCCAUUCAUAUCACCACCUACUUUGGUGAAAUCCGUGAGAACUUCCAACUCUUAAAAUCACUACCAAUCAACUCACUUCACAUUGACUGUGUACGUUGUUCAGAACAAGAAAUCAAUACAAUUGUAAACGAAUUACCAUCCAAUUGGUCAUUAUCAUUAGGUUUAAUUGAUGGUAGAAAUAUUUGGAAAUCAGAUUAUAAAAAGAAAUUACAAAUUAUUUCGUCGGUUCUCGCAAAGAUUGCUAAGGAUAGAUUGAUUAUUGCUCCAUCUUGUUCACUUCUCCAUUCACCAAGUUCCUUGAGAUCCGAGCAAGGUUUCGUUAAGCCAGAGGUUCUCGAUUGGUUGGCAUUCGCUGCUGAGAAACUCCACGAAAUUAAAUUCUUGGCCAAUGCUACCGUUGCCGGUUUCGACUUGAGCUUGCCAGCUCACAAGGUGUUCGCCGACGAGAAAUUACAGGCUGCCUACACUGCCAAUCAAACAUCGAUCGAAGCCCGUUCCGUUUCCAAGUUGAUUCACAACGACGCCGUCAAGACCAGAAUUGCCGCUAUCACUCCAGAGAUGUUCCACCGUACCUCGCCAUAUCCAAAGCGUGCCGCUGCCCAACGUGCCAAGUUGGCCAUCCCAGAGUUGUUCCCAACUACCACCAUCGGUUCGUUCCCACAAACUCGUGAAGUUCGUUCCGCUCGUCUCCAAAUGAAAUCCGGAAAGAUCACUGCCGAGCAAUACGACCAGUUCAUCAAGAAGGAAAUCCAAGAGUGGAUCACCUUCCAAGAGGAGUGCGACCUCGAUAUUUUGGUACACGGUGAAUUCGAGAGAACCGACAUGGUAGAGUAUUUCGGUGAGUUGCUCGAAGGUUUCAUUUUCACAAAGAACGGUUGGGUUCAAUCGUAUGGUUCACGUUGUGUCAAGCCACCCGUUAUUUUCGGUGAUGUCUCACGUGCCAAUCCAAUGACCACCUACUGGUCCAAGUAUGCACAAUCAUUGACAAAGAAGCCAAUGAAGGGUAUGUUGACUGGUCCAGUCACUAUUUUGCAAUGGUCGUUCGUACGUGAUGACCAACCACGUUCCGACACCUGCUAUCAAAUCGCCUUGGCAAUUCGUGAUGAAGUUUUGGAUUUGGAGAGAGAAGGUAUCUCUGUUAUCCAAGUCGAUGAAGCUGCCAUCAGAGAAGGUUUGCCACUCCGUAUCUCCGAUUGGGAUCAAUAUUUGAAGUGGGCAAUCGAUUCUUUCUUGUUGGCAAGCACAGGUGUACGUGACGAAACCCAAAUUCACUCGCAUAUGUGUUACAGUGAUUUCAACGAUAUUUUCACGUCGAUCCAAAGAAUGGAUACCGAUGUACUCACCAUUGAAAACAGUAAAUCCGAUUUGAAGUUGUUGCGUGCCUUUGAGAAGUAUGGAUACCAAAGCGAGAUUGGUCCAGGUCUCUAUGAUAUUCACUCACCACGUAUCCCAACCGUCCAGGAAAUGGUUGACCGUCUCGAACAGAUUGUCAAAUACCUCAACAUCAACCAAGUAUGGGGAAAUCCAGAUUGUGGUUGCAAGACCAGACACGCCAAAGAAACAAAGGCUGCAUUGAUCAACGUUGUUAAAGCUGCCAAACUAUGUAGAGAGAAAUAUUCCAAAAAACAAUAA